GUAACACAAAAGCAAAAUUGUUAGGCUUAGUUUCUACGUACAAUAGUAUAGUGUUGGAAAGAAAACUGACGGAAAUAGCCUAAUAGUAAUAAGUUUUUGAACUAAUUAUAGAUUAAAUAGUGUUACAUUUUCACACCUAUUUACACCGUAUUUUGUUUCUCUUGUAAUCAUGCACCAUAUUUGAAGAAACUGAACUUCUGAAAGUCUGAAGUGCGAUUUAGUUAGGCUUAUUAAUUAUUGCACUCAUUCGAUUGACAAUUGACUUGUGAAGUUUGAAUUGUUUUGUUAAGUAAUAUUUAUAUGUUAGUGUUACUUAAACGUAGUUUUCAAAAAUGACAGAUGAUGUUAAUAAAGCUUCAGAAAAUCAAAACUCGUCAGAAAAUUUUCACUGUGGAGUAGUUGAAGGAUUUUAUGGUAGACCAUGGACAACAGAACAGAGAAAGGAUUUGUUUGAAAAAAUGAAGAAGCUUGGAAUGAACACUUACAUGUAUGCUCCUAAAGAUGACUUUAAACACAGAGCUUACUGGCGUGAACUGUACACAGUGGAAGAAGCAGAGCAUCUAACCAAUCUCAUACAGUCUGCCAUAGAAAAUGGCAUAUCAUUCUUCUAUGCUCUUUCACCUGGGCUUGAUAUUACCUAUUCAAACCAGAAAGAAGUUGCUUGCCUCAAAAGAAAAUUAGAACAGGUCUCGCAGUUUGGGUGCACAGCUUUUGCACUUUUGUUUGAUGACAUAGAGCCAGACAUUAGUGAGACAGACAAAGAGAUUUUCCAGUCAUUUGGUCAUGCACAAGUAUCUGUCACAAAUGAAGUAUUCCAGCAUCUUUCUCAGCCCAAGUUCCUCUUUUGUCCUACUGAAUACUGUGCAGGACGAGCCAUUCCAAAUGUACAAAACUCUGAAUACCUCAACACUGUCGGGACCAAGCUACUUCCUGGUAUUGAUAUAAUGUGGACAGGUAAGACUUUCUUUGGGUUCCAUUG